AAAUCCCCCAAAAUCAAAAUUUAUGUAUAGUCAAUAUUAUUUUGUUGGGUCCUAGCAAUGACAACCAGCCCCAACUUUGCCGACGUGAAUGAUGGCGAACUGCCAAAGCUGGAGCCGAUUAUCAAUGCCUUGAAGUGCGAGCAGACGGGUCACAUCAUGGAGGCGAUCCUGCUCUACGAGGAGAGCAUCUCCAAGAUGUCCCAAAUGGCCGAAGCGGAGCCGAGUCGCCGCCAGCUGUGUGGGAAAUACUUGAGGAUGUACGAGGCGCGGGCCAAACAGCUGAGGGAUCAGGUGAAGGGUCACUUGCACACCAGCCGGAUGUUGGACCACAUCACCAUUGAACGGGGUGCCAGGGGCAGGAGCUACCAGCGGCUGUUUGGCCCGUAUCUGGACGAUGGCGUCCGGGAGGCCCAUCUCAACGAGCCUCAUCUCACGGAGCCACCGCACUUUAGGAAUCUGAUCAAUUUCAUUGAGGUGCUGGUCAAGAACUGUCGCUAUCUAAAGUACAUUCGCUUGACCACACAACCCGAUGCGGUGGCGCCCACGAAUCAGCUGCAAAUGCUGCAGCAAAUAAAGAACGACCUGGCCGGUGGCAACAUCCAGAUGAACUUCCAAAUGGACGACAGCCUGCAGGAUCGCAAGAUUGUGCUCAGCUCGGGAGUGGUUAUCAAGAUUGGCAGAGGCCUCCACUACUUUGAGCCCGUGGCGGGUUCUUACAGUCUGGGCCUCUGCGAUUUCGAUUUCCGCAAAUGCCUGGCCACCGAGGUGGACAUCUGGAAGUGUCGGCCGUUUGCCAAGCGUUUAAGAAACUCGGAGGAGGUCGAUUACCAGGCCGCAAGGGAGGAUCGACCGGAGCCACAUGCCUACUCCAGCGAUUAG